CAGACUUUACCCCAGGCAGAGGAAAAAGAGGCCUCCAAACGCUUCAUAAAAUGUGCAUGUGCUGGUGUGUACUGGGCACAACUGGAGUGGGGGUGGGGCCUGUCUAGAGGCAGAGACCUGGGAGCUGGGCUGUCUCAUACACUGCUCACUGCAUAGCUGCAGGAGCCCGGCUGGAGGCUGUGGUGGACAGGGGGCUUUCCAGCACCAGUCUUUGCAGCUCCAUCCGGUUGGUGCUGCCCUGGGCCCUCCCCAGAUCUCUCCAGCUAGUCAGAAGUCCUCAAGAGAGUAAGGAGGAUGAUAAAUCUGAAUACCCCGCAGUCCUGCUCCUCUGGUCUUCCAUCUUCCCAAUGUUUCCCCCUCCCAAGUCCAAAGACGAAGAUCUGGUAAACACGGACAUAGCACAAACGACCAAAAGUUUGCAGCCAUGAAAGGCAGAGUUGAGGGAAGGGCUAAGUAGGAGGAGUGUGGCCAGGGGCUGGGCUGUAGCUGUGUGCAAGUGAGGGCAAGGCCUGGGGGCGGGGCCGCAUAGGGUGUGGCUGCGCUCCUGAAGCUCCCUCGGUGUGUAGGGCUGGGAGGGUUGUGAAUGGGGCUUAGGGAAGGGACUAUUGUGGACUUGGUGAAGGGACAUCUCUACAGUCCAGCCUCACAGGGUGGCGGGGCGACCUUUGCGCAGGGCAGGUUCCUGGCAACCCAGAGCUCUGACGCGCUGCGAUCACGGAGCCAAGCGUCCCAGAGGCCUCGCCGGGGUCGUAGUGCUGCUGCCAUGGACGACAUCCCGCCCCUAGCCGGCAGGACUGUGGCGAUGUCGCUCUGCGCCCUGCCGGUGUCCUACGUACUCAACCAAGUUUCGGCGUUCUCACAGCCCCUGUGUGUGGUGCUGACGAGUGCUCUGAUACUGGGUCUGCUCUUCGUGGCAGUCUACAGCCUAUCUCAUGGGGAGAUCACCUAUGACCCUCUCUAUGCUGUCUUUGUGAUCUUCUCCUUCACCUCGGUGGUCGACCUUGCGAUUGCACUCCAAGAAGAUGGCUACAUGAUGGGCAUCAUGGAUUUCUACACCAAGGAGGUAGGUGAGCCCUACCUACGCACAGCGCACGGCAUCUUCAUCUGCUACUGGGAUGGUGCUGUGCACUACCUGCUCUAUCUGGCAAUGGCUGGUGCCAUCCGCAAAAGGAAAAGGUACCGGAACCUUGGGCUCUACUGGCUGGGCUCCUUCGCCAUGAGCCUCCUGGUGUUUCUCCCGGGAAACAUCCUUGGUAAAUACAGCUCAGAGGUCAGACCUACAUUCUUUCUUGCCAUCCUGUACAUGCUGGUUCCAUGCUGGGCCGGCGUGCGGAUCUUCAACCAAUCCCGUGGACCAAUCUCCUACACCCCUGACGUGGUACAGGAAGAACAGAAGAAAAGUCUCCUACAGCGCCCGGCUGACCUGACACUCAUAGCAUACCUCAUCCUUGCUGCGCUCUUCACUGUCUUCCGGGGCCUGGUGGUACUUGACUGCCCCACAGAUGCCUGCUUCACCUAUAUUUACCAAUAUGAGCCCUACCUUCGGGACCCUGUGGCCUACCCAAAGUUGCAGAUGCUGAUGUAUUUGUUCUAUGCUCUCCCGUUCUACUGCCUGGCUGCCUACGCCCUCACCUUCCCUGGGUGUUCCUGGCUGCCUGACUGGGCCUUGGUAUUUGCUGGAGCCAUUGGCCAGGCGCAGUUCUCACACAUGGGCGCCUCCGUGCACCUGCGCACGCCCUUCACCUACCGAGUGCCAGAGGACACCUGGACCACCUUCUUUCUGAGCAACCUGCUGUUUGCCCUGGGUCCCCACCUGCUGGCUUUCCGCUGCCUGUGGCGGCCCGCCUUCUUCUUGAAUGCAGAGGCGCUGCCAUUGCCCCAGGACCAAGGCAAGAAGCAGCAGUGAGCAUGCGCAUCUCGAGACUCAGCCUGUGAAGCUGGCGUUGCCCUCCACGGUGUUGGCUGUGGAGUUACGGACAUGUGGAGAAAUUGCAAUCCAGGCCAGAAAGGAGCGUAGGCGCUCUUGCUGCGUCAUUGUGCCUCAAAGGUCACGAGGACUCUGAUGCCCUCUCCUGGGGUCUAGCCUUCACCUCCUCCCAUCUUUUUAAUAAAAGCCCUUCUGAUGUCUACA